GAUUCAGAGUAGUAUGAGCCGUGGAACCUCCCAUCGAUGGACGAGAUCUCUUCUUCCCCGACAACGCACUCUCCUGGCUGGGAGCCGGACACAUCGCCACCACCUCGGCCGCUCGGCCGCUCGUCGCUCGGCGCAGCGCCUUCCCGGUCUCCAAGGGCGUCGCGUCGCCAUGUGGUGGAGGGCAACGAGGGCCUGCCGGAGGAUCUCUGGAGCGCGGCCGGCGUCCACUGCGGUGGUGGAGGAGAAGACCUGCCGCGCCGUGGUGGUGCCUCGUUUCGGCGGGCCGGAGGUGCUGGAGGUCAGGAAGGGCUUGCCCGUUCCCGAUCUGAAGCCACGGGAGGUGCUCGUGCGCGCACGCGCCGUCUCCAUCAAUCCCCUGGAUUUGCGAAUGCGAUCUGGUUAUGGGCGUUCCAUAUUUGAGCCACACCUGCCUCUGAUCCUGGGUCGGGACAUCAGUGGUGAAGUUGCAGCCACAGGGACUUCUGCGUCGUCAUUUUCUAUCGGGCAAGAAGUGUUCGGUGCGUUGCAUCCAACAGCUCUCAGAGGGACAUAUGCUGAUUAUGCCAUUCUUCCGCUGGAUGAGCUUACUCUCAAACCAUCUACACUCAGUCAUGUGGAGGCUAGUGCAAUUCCAUUUGCUGCAUUGACUGCAUGGCGUGCUUUACAUGGUACGGCUCGAAUUUCUGAAGGACAAAGAGUACUUGUGAUUGGUGGAGGAGGAGCGGUUGGGCUAGCUGCCGUUCAACUUGCGGUAGCUGUUGGGUGUGGUGUUUCUGCUACCUGUGGAGCCCAGAGUAUCGAGCGAGUUAUGGGAGCUGGUGCUGAACAAGCUAUUGAUUACACCACUGAGCAUACCUUACAGGAUACUGAAUCAGUAGUUAAAGGAAAGUUUGAUGCUGUUUUAGACACUAUAGGAGUACCUGAGACUGAAAGAAUUGGCAUCAAUGUUCUGAGGAGAGGUGGACACUAUAUGACUCUUCAGGGAGAAGCAGCUGCACUAGCAGAUAGAUAUGGAUUAGCUGUAGGGCUUCCUGCUGCAACUGCUGCUUUACUAAAGAAACAGAUGCAGUAUCGCUAUUCCCAUGGAAUAGUGUAUUGGUGGACAUACAUGAGAGCUGAUGCUGAAGGACUUCAUGAGAUCCAAAGGUUAUCUGGAGCUGGGAAAUUACAGAUACCUGUGGAGAAGACUUUUCCCAUCAGCCAAGUAAAAGAAGCUCACGAGGCCAAGGAGAGAAAGUUGGUGCCUGGCAAGGUGGUACUAGAAUUCGACUAAUGUUAGUAAUACUUUGUUCGCCAGGCACUGAAGAGCUGUGCGUUUGUAAAUCAUAAUAACUUUUUUCCCCAUUUUUGAAAAUCUGUAUCGCUCUGGCGCCCUCAGGAAUUUGUUGUUCUCCGGAUAUCAUUCCGUUUCAGUAGGUAUACAGUAAAUAAUCAUAUCAGAUACGGAAAAGAUUUUGCAGAUCAUUUCUUCUGA